CUGCUCUUCAUACAUGUUUUCUGUCAGACAACAAGCACAAGCACCCUCCGACACUUCCGCUAAAAUAGCUGCCUCUCACCAGAUCUCUUACAUCCGACCUAACGGCCCUGAUCUCUCCACGUCGCCGGACCCCAAUCCACUAUUUAAAUCCACCUUUCUUUCCUUUAUUUCUGGUUCUUUCUUUCCUCCUCCUCCUCCUCCUCCGCUUUCCCCGUCCUCUUCUCCACUCUUCUUCUUACACAGGGAAAGAAAGAAUCUAUAAAAAAAAGAAGAAACCGUCGCCGUUUUGUUGCUAAAUUGGCUGGAAAAAAGGUCAACGAAUCCGGUGCCGUUGUGACUGGCCAGCAAAGCUUCUCACUUUUCUCCUUCUUACGCCGCAGAUCUAGAAGAUUUCUACUUUGGAGUUGAACAUUUUAGUGUGCUUACCGUUUGAUCAGUUUCCAAAAGAAAAAGGAGGUAAAUUUGGUUGAAAUCAAACGGUCCAGAUGGCGCCGAGCACGAUUCGAAAAGCGAUUGGGGCCGUUAAGGACCAAACCAGCAUAGGAAUAGCGAAGGUAGCGAGCAACAUGGCGCCGGACCUCGAGGUAGCAAUCGUGAAAGCGACGAGCCACGACGAUGACCCCGCAGACGAGAAAUACAUACGAGAAAUCCUCAAUAUGACCUCCUACUCGCGCGGCUACGUUCAGGCGUGCGUGUCCGCCGUGUCGAAGCGCCUGGGGAAGACACGUGAUUGGAUCGUGGCCCUCAAAGCGCUGGUGCUUGUUCACAGGCUGUUGAAUGAUGGAGAUCCUGUGUUUCAAGAAGGGAUCUUGUAUGCUACGAGGAGAGGUACGAGGUUGUUGAAUAUGUCAGAUUUUAGAGAUGAGGCUCACUCGAGUUCAUGGGAUCACUCAGCUUUUGUGAGAACUUAUGCGAUGUAUUUGGAUCAAAGACUUGAAUUGAUGCUUUUCGAUAGGAAAGGUGGUGGUGGAGGCAGCGGGGCGGGAGGAAGUAGUCAUGGAAAUGCUGAUGAUAGAUAUGGUGGGAGAGAUAAUUUCCGAUCACCUCCACCAAGGCCGUAUGAGUAUGAUUAUGGGGAUUUUAGAGGUGAUAACGGAUAUGGAAAUUAUGGGAUGACUAGGAGAACAAGGUCUUAUGGGGAUAUGAGUGAGGCAGUGGGUAGAGAUGGAAGAGAGGAGAAGAAAACGGUGACCCCAUUGAGGGAAAUGAAGCCUGAGAGGAUUUUCGGGAAGAUGGGUCACUUGCAGAGGUUGUUGGAUCGGUUCUUGUCAUGUCGGCCUACAGGAUUGGCCAAGAAUAGUAGGAUGAUCUUGAUUGCUUUGUAUCCUGUUGUGAAAGAGAGCUUUCAGUUAUAUGCAGAUAUUUGUGAGGUUUUGGCUGUUUUGCUUGAUAGGUUUUUUGAUAUGGAUUACCCUGAUUGUGUUAAGGCAUUUGACGCAUAUGCGAGUGCGGCAAAGCAGAUUGAUGAGUUGAUUGCAUUUUAUAAUUGGUGUAAGGAUACGGGUGUGGCUAGAUCAUCAGAGUAUCCUGAGGUGCAGAGGAUUACAAGUAAGUUGUUGGAGACAUUGGAGGAGUUUGUGAGGGAUAGAGCUAAGAGGCCAAAGAGUCCAGAAAGAAAGGAGCUUCCUCCUCCACCAAAAGAGGAAGAGCCUGCACCAGAUAUGAAUGAAAUAAAGGCACUCCCUCCACCAGAGAAUUACACUCCACCGCCACCACCAGAGCCUGCGCCUGUUAAGCCCCCAGAACCACAGGAAGAUUUAGUAAAUUUGAGGGAUGAUGCUGUCACAGCUGAUGAUCAGGGGAACAAAUUGGCUUUGGCUUUGUUUAAUGGUCCUCCAGCUAAUAAUGGUAAUGGGUCAUGGGAAGCUUUCCCAUCCAAUGGGCAGCCUGAAGUGACAUCUGCUUGGCAAACCCCAGCUGCCGAGCCAGGGAAAGCAGAUUGGGAAUUGGCUUUGGUUGAGUCAGCUAGUAAUUUGUCGAGGCAAAAGGCAGCUUUGGGUGGUGGGCUUGAUCCGUUAUUGUUGAAUGGCAUGUAUGAUCAGGGAAUGGUGAGGCAGCAUGUUAGUACUGCCCAGUUGAGUGGGGGGAGUGCCAGUAGUGUGGCAUUGCCAGGGCCAGGGAAGAGCACAACACCAGUUUUAGCUCUUCCGGCACCGGAUGGAACAGUUCAGAAUGUCAAUCAGGACCCAUUUGCUGCAUCUUUGAGCAUUCCACCUCCUUCAUAUGUACAAAUGGCUGACAUGGAGAAGAAACAACAUUUGCUUGUCCAGGAACAGCAGGUAUGGCAGAAAUAUGCAAGGGAUGGGAUGCAAGGUCAAGCUAGUUUGGCCAAGAUUAGUAAUCCUGGAUACCAUGGACCAGGUCCUAUGCCAGUGAUGCCUUACGGAAUGCCACCAGUCAAUGGGAUGGGGCCACCAGCCGGGUAUUACUAUACACCUUACUGAUUUUUCCACAUAUAAAUAGAUGACCUUUCUUUGCCUACCUUUUGUAUUAUGUUUUCUAGUUUUCUCUUCUUCUUUUUUCGUUUCUUUGGGAUGAUAUGAUGUUGUUCCUGCAAUUUGUGCACAAAAAUGGGGAGGAGAGGAGAGAGAGGAGACUUGAGUUCAAAUGCUUACUGAUUGUGGGAAUUUUGAUGCAGGGAGAUUCAUGAUCUGUUUUUGAUGUCUCUUUGUGCUUUGUAAUAUUAGAAUUUUAUUGACAUUCUUAUGUUCAUUGUGUGAUCGUCUCCUUAAGACCA